GAGGAGGAGAUAACCGUACCACGAGUUCAACAAGUUUUUAUCGAAUCGGGGAUCAUCGCUCGAGGGAACACACUCGAGAAGGACUACCCGCUUUCAGACUGACGACAUGCCUAGACAAGCCCGUAAGCACAACACCAGCAAGUACACGCCGCUCCCGCCUCGACCGGCGAAGGGCAAGACGGACGAGCCGGAAUUAUCCGAUCAUUCCAUGUCCUUGUAUUGGAGCGCUCCGCCUUCAUUGCUCAUCCUGCUAGAAUGGCUAAAGGAGCAAGGAAUAUGGCUUUCUGAGAAGCUGAAGGUGAAGGAGAUGCCAGAUGGGCAAGGAUGGGGCGUAGUGUCAACGCAAGUCGGGAUCCCUCUUGAAGUAGUCUGCAGAAUCCCUAGGACGGCCAUAUUAUCUGUCCAUACUUCAGACCUAGACUCGAUUAUCCCAAACAAGAUAUGGCGACAGAUACCACUCCUCAUUCAGCUGACUCUGACGCUGCUGCACGAGAUGCGGAAAGGGCCGGCGUCCAGAUAUUACGGUUACCUCCAAUCGCUACCUCGGCAGCCGGUAUCAAUCGUGGCUUUAUGGGACGAGGAUGAGCUCUUCGGUCAGGAUGGGAAAAAGGCGUUGGAAAAGCUCGCUGGGACCGAGAUGAUGAGGGAGACAAGACGAAUGGCCAAGGAAGAGCGUAGCAAGGAUGAGAUCCGAACGUAUUGGAAAGUGACGAAAGAUUCUUUCCCUUCAACGCCAUCGACUUUGGGACCUCCAACGUUCCUUGACGUCAUGCAUGCCUACUCGCUUGUCACCUCGCGAGCGUUUCAAGUGGAUGCGUAUCACGGAGCCGCCAUGGUCCCUCUGGCCGACAUCUUCAAUCAUAGAGAAGACAAUCACGUCUGUUUCGAGUCUGAUGACUUUGUCUGCGACGUCUGUGGAUCGUUGCCCGCUUGCGAACACGAUGGACUAAACUCCCUUUCAAUCCCUUUACGACUCUCUCAUCUUCCUGCCGAAGUAGUCUCCUCUUAUUCGGAUCCUUCUCAGAACACUGUCGACCUGACCAUCGCCACCCCCUUCGCCCCUGACGAAGAGGUCUUCAACACCUACGGGGAUCAUAUUGGAUGGAGCCAAAUGUUAAACGAAUGGGGGUUUGUUGAUGAGACGGGCGAUCCGUUUGGACGAGGGAUCGGAUGGGAGUCGAAAGAGGUCUUGGGGGAUGGCGAGAAGAGGGAAGAUCAUGAGGCGCGAAGAAAGCUCUGGAAGUCGUUGUGCAACCGGGAGGUUUCGAGCGAGGAUGAGCAGGAAGACGCACUCGUUUUCGAGCCGGACCAGGAACAGGGCAAAUACAAUGCCAAAGACUCGCUAUUGAUCAACUCGGACGGACAAAUCUCAACACCCCUGUUCUGGGCUUGUUUCGCAACGAGUUUGCCUGAAGAAGAGAUGGAGGGCAAGAGCCGGGAAGCGCUCGUCAUCUUGGGACUGGAGACGAGGACACGACUCGAGGCUAGGAGCGAGAGCGAUGGGUUGAUCGUAUGGGACGAGGAUCCUGUCAGCAGAUCGUGUACGGAGAUUAUCUUGGAGUUGCUUCAGGAACGUCUAAAACGGAUGUGGCAUGCGAAUUGGACGAUCGACAAGUUGUGCGAUUACGCGGAUGCUCUUCCUACGGAUGCCAAGCUGCAAAAGAUGGCUCUCAAGUUGUUGAUCGAAGAACGACGGGUGCUAGAGGUCGUCCAACAGCGAUGGUCGUUGUACUAGAUGGUGAUGAUGAUUGUAAUCAGGUCAUGACAUCCGCGGUGCACCGACUAUCAUUGCCUCUCUCUUUUGCAGCGAUGACGUGUGAAACGCGAGAGAGAGGCGACGCUUACUCGUCUCUCGCUCUCUGGCUCUCG